AUGGUGGAGCCACAGCCGACCAACAUUACAGAGGCGUUGGUGCAGAUCCUGAACAAUCAGCAGGCAUUGAUGCGGCAAAUCUCCCAACAGUUGGCCACUACUCAGCUCGCCGUGAACAACCUAUCCCGCGACGAAUCGGUGCUGGACUCCCUCUCUAGCAACAUGGCGGAGUUCGUCUACGACAAAGACAAUGGGCACACAUUUGACGCAUGGUUUUCCCGCUACGUCGACCUUUUCGACAAAGAUGCCGGCAAGCUGGAUGAGGCUGUAAAAGUGCGACUACUCCUGCGGAAAUUAAGCCCACCCGAUCAUGAGCGGUACAACAGCUUCAUUCUUCCGAAGCUCGCUCGAGAGUUUACUUUUGCUGCUACGGUGGAAAAAUUAAAAUCGUUGUUCGGUGCCACAGUGUCAACGUUCCGGCGGCGAUACAACUGCUUGCAGACCACCAAGGAGGACAGCGAUGAUUACCUGGCCUACUCCUGCAAGGUAAACAAAACCUGCGUCGACUUCAAAUUAUCGGAGUUGACAGAGGAACAGUUUAAGUGCCUCAUUUACGUGUGUGGCCUUAAAUCCAAGCAAGAGGCGGAGAUUCGGAUGCGCCUCAUCAACAAGCUAAAUGAAUCGGCGGACCUGACCCUACAGCAGAUUGUGGAACAGUGUAACAGCUUGGUCAACCUGAAGCAGGACACAGUGAUGGUUGAAAGUUGUUCUUCAACGGUGAAAGCUGUCGUGUACCCCAAGCGAACAACGUCGAAGCGUCAGUCGCCUUCGGAUUGCAGCAACAACCGGGAACAACCCAAGACACCCUGCUGGUCAUGCGGGGGCAUGCACUACAAUAAGGAUUGCCGGUUCAGAGAUCACAGGUGCAACGAAUGUGGAAAGUACGGGCACCGUGAGGGCUAUUGUGCCUACUACUCGUUGAAAUCAUCGAACAACGCUGUCAAUCGCUCGGAUAACAAGAAGAAAAGGCGACAGCCGUUGUCGAAGAUAGUAGCCGUCCGAAGCAUCGGUCAGCGGCGGAAAUUCGUCGAAAUCCAACUCAACAACGUUCCGCUUCGUCUUCAGUUGGACACAGGUUCCGACAUCUCAAUAAUUUCGCACCGAUCGUGGGCCAGAAUCGGUCGACCAAAAGUAAAACCAGCAAUUUGCAGCGCUAAAACAGCAUCAGGGGAACCGCUUGAACUGGUUGUGGAAUUGGAGUGCAAUAUAACCCUCAACGGCAUCAUACGGGAGGGCAUAGACUGGAUGGACUUGUUCGGAUUGUGGGACCACUCGAUAGCGUCGUACUGCAAUCAAGUGACUACACAAGCAAAUCAACGUGUAGCGACCCUUCAAGCGCAGUUUCCUGAGGUGUUCUCCAGUGAGAUAGGUCUGUGCAACAAGACUCCCGUCAAACUGGUCCUCAAAGGUAACCCCAAGCCGGUGUUCAGACCAAAACGACCGGUGGCUUACUCCAUGGAGCAUGUUGUGGAGGAGGAGAUUUUUCGCCUGCAAAACCUUGGCAUCCUGAUGAAAGUGGAUUUCAGCGACUGGGCGGCACCGAUUGUCGCGGUUCGGAAGCCAAAUGGAACCGUCCGUAUCUGCGCCGACUUUUCGACUGGUCUAAAUAGCGUUCUGGAACCAAACCAGUAUCCUUUGCCUUUGCCCGAGGAUAUUUUUGCGAAGAUGGCAAACUGUCGGAUUUUCAGUCACAUUGACUUGUCCGACGCGUACCUGCAGCUGAUGGACACAAUGCUAGCUGGUCUCAACUGUACUGUUGGUUACCUCGAUGACAUAUUGGUCGGGGGCCGGGGGGGGGGGGAAGAGCAUCAGCACAAUCUGCAGCUAACACUCGCGCGGCUCAAGGAGUAUGGGUUCACCGUACGCAUCGAAAAGUGUAGCUUCGGCAUGCAGCAGGUCAAGUAUCUGGGACAAAUCCUGGAUGGCAAUGGAAUCAGGCCGGAUCCGGAGAAAAUUGCUUCGAUCGUCAGCAUGCCUCCACCACACGAUGUUUCGACGCUUCGCUCCUACUUGGGUGCCGUAAACUAUUACGGCAAAUACGUCAAAGAGAUGCGCACUCUACGACAUCCAAUGGAUCAGCUGCUGAAGGCUGGAGUAAAAUUCGAAUGGUCACCGGCGUGUCAAGCAUCGUUCGAUCGUUUUCGAGAGAUUCUUCAGUCACCGUUACUGCUGACCCAUUACAAUCCCAUGUUGGGCAUCAUUGUUUCGGCGGACGCAUCUGCAUUUGGACUGGGAGCACGAAUCGCUCACCAGCUUCCGGACGGGACUAUUAAAGCCAUUUGUCACGUGUCCCGUAGUUUAACGACAGCCGAAACCAACUACAGUCAGAUCGAGAAGGAAGGAUUGGCUAUCGUAUUCGCUGUAACCCGUUUUCAUCGAAUGUUAUUCGGUCGAAAAUUCAUCCUCGAGACAGACCAUAAACCGCUACUCGCUAUUUUUGGGUCGAAAAAGGGAAUUGCUACGUAUACGGCCAAUCGACUACAAAGAUGGGCAUUGACGUUGCUCCUCUACGAUUUCGACAUUCGCUACAUUUCAACGGAAAGCUUCGGGCAUGCGGAUGUUUUGUCCCGUUUGAUCAACCAACACAUUCGCCCGGACGAAGAGAUCGUUAUCGCCAAUUUCGAAAUGGAGAACUCGAUCAGAAGCAUUAUCAACGAGUCCCUAGAGGUAUUUCCGCUAUCGUUCAAGAUGAUUCAAGCGGAAACCAGAUCCGAUGACACACUACAGCAAGUUAUUCGGUUCGUCAAUAGUAAGUGGCCGCCUAAAAAGGAAGAUCUCUCCGACCCUCAAGUCGAACAGUUCUAUUUACGACGCGACUCGCUCAACGUCGUAGCCGAUUUCGUGAUGUAUGGAGAACGUUUGGUUAUUCCACCAAAGUUUCGGAAACGGGUGCUCCAACAGCUACAUAAAGGUCACCCAGGUGUGGAACGAAUGCGAUCGAUCGCCCGAAA